GAGCAACGCUGAGCGAAAGUUCUCUCUAUCGGUUCAUCGCGUGCCUUUGAUGCUCUAAAUCGAACCUUGACGGCAAGACUUGCUCGUAACACAGAUCUUCAUAGGAUCUGCACGCAUGCUCGGGCACCUCCGUUCGUGGCUGGCGCCGGGCUCCGUUCCCGUGGAAGAGGCGCACUUUUCUCACGACUUUCACGCGCUCCUUGGCAUAACGUCAUCGCCCGUCUAUCAGGAGAAGUAGCUGAACCAGUCAAACAUACACGCGCAAGCAGACACCUCCGCACGCACACCUACAUAGUCAGUAACCCACAAUGGCAGACCCAGCAGCUCAGCAAGGCGCUACGGGCGGUGGCAUGGACAAACUCGACAGUGCCGUCGACGGCGCCAUGAAGAAGACUGGUCAUGGCGGCUCACGGGCCACGACGGAGAAGAUCUCCGACGGAAUCCGUACUAUGUUCAAGAAGAUCACGGGCAAGCAGGUGCCGAUAGAAGACAGUAAGCAUACAGGCCAUCGAGUUUGUCCAGGCUGAGCGCUGCAUCACAAUGACAGAGAACUAGGGUUUACCUGUGCUACUAGUCGCUAUUACGGAUGUUGUCACGGACAUCGAGCAUUCUGUCC